ACAAUUCCUCCGCUUCAAAAUUUCUCUCCUGUCUGUACAAUGGAUGGACCAAGUCUUCCAACUAAACUGGUCUAAAUUUUGGUGCAAAAGCUCGUUGUUUUUAUUUUGUCCUUCAUCACACACACAGACAUCACAGAGCAGAGCAGAACAGAGCAAGCGGUGGCUUUUGUACAGCAGGGAGAGUCCUAUAUUAUCCGGCGGAGGGGGGCACAGUUUCUGUGAGCGCAAAUCAUCAAAUAAUGGCAGAGAAAUGAGAAGGAAAACAAAAGCCAAGCGGGUUCUAGACUACAAAAAUGAAGAGGAGGACGAGAAAGAAGAGCAAAAACUGGACCAAUUCUACCACGGUCUGCAGAAACGAAGGAAACAAAUGGAUGGUGUUAAAGAGAGACCUGAGGAGGACUCAGCAGCAGAGGGACUCCAGAAGUUCGACAUCAGGGGAUGUGGGAUUGACUGCUCUUCUGCAGGCAACUUUGAUGAAGGCCACUCCACUGCUGAGCAGGAGGCUCAGUAUUUACAGUCUUAUUCAAAGAUGGAGCUUAUUGCCAUGGUGCUAUGCAUGCAGAGAGAAAUGGAAACCUUAAAGGAACAACUAAGGUGCCUUACAGCAUGUGGAAAGCUGGCUAGAAACCUUGAGGCUCUGAUCGAAAGAACCCAGAUAUGGCCCAAUGAAGAUAAGACUUCUCUUCCGUUCCCCCCCAGCCCUGUGCAAGUGCCCGUGGAUGUGGAUGCUUUGAUGCCAACUAUGCCGUAUGUCCCAGCCAUCAUAAACGGGCACUGGGUAAAGCAGGAGUCAUUGCCUCAGAAAUCUAAUGAAACCUCACACAGUGAUGGAGUCUUCACAGAGUUCAUCACACCUGAGCUGCUGGAGAGGUGUAAUACAGGCACCACUGCCCAGAAAUUGACCAAUGACCUGCUGCGUGGACUCUAUGAGAGAGACUGCUUGGCUUCCCACUCAAUCUCUGGUGUGGUGUACAACAAGAGGGGUCAACCCAAACCUGCCCUGCCCACUGAAGAGGUGCAGGCCAUUCUGAGAACUGUGCAGUAUUUUUUUCCUGGGAAGACUGAUGCUGAGAUUAAGGGCUACAUCCGCCAGAAGCUGCAAAAUGAAGCAAAAAGAUUGAGAAAAAAACCUCCACUGUCUGGUGUGGACCCUAUCGCUCUGAGUCUUUCCUGCCCAAGAUCAAGCACAAAUCAGUUAAAUUUGACGGGACAAAAAUCUAACGUUUGAUUAGCAGUGAUGAGUUAUGUGGUGUCUGAUUAACUAGAUUUGUUGUUAAAUACAUAGCCCCUACUGUUAAAUAUAAUUUAGGUAUUAAAAAUUCCUGACCAGUACAUACUGAUAUGUCAUUCUUGUUUUGAAGAAUAUGAUCGAGUGACACAGUUUGGCGAGACAAUUUUGUGACAGCAAAUAAAAUAGGUUAAAAAAGUCCAACUAGCAAGAUCAACAUCAGUUCUAGGAUUAGCAUUAAUGUGAGUCUGUAUUUUUUUAUGAUUUGUAUUCGAUGUGUAGCAGCUACACUGCAAAACAGAAGGUGUGAACAUUAUUUUCAUGGUAUCUAUGUCUUUCUUACUAUAUUAUGGUUCUUAUUAUGAUUCAAUCGUAGCUAUGUAUGUAUUCUUUGUUAUUAAAUCAUAAAAAAGCAAGUUGUAAUGA